CCUCCACCAAUUCACGCCCGCACGCGGUAAAGCAAAGGAAGGGGGGCGGCCAAGGGCCUCACGCGCAUGGCCGUUGGGCGCGCCGCAUACCUUGAGUUGCAGGCGCGCGGAGGCAGCAGCAGUGCGGCCUGUUCCCGGGGGGUGCUGCGUUUUUCGGAGUAGCAAAAGUGACGCCUUCUAUGAUUCCGGAUGAAAGGGUGAC